GGGGAGGGGAGGCCAGAGCCUGGCAGCGCAGACACACACAUACACACAGACCGAGUUCCAGGCCUUCGGCGCAGCCGCUCUGAGAACUAUUUGAUGGAAGAGCACGUAGUGACUCAGAAUCACGAACACAUGACCACUAUUGAGGCCCACGCGGUUGCUCAGCAGGUCCAGCAAGUGCACGUGGCCACGUACACAGACCACGGUGUCCUGAGCGCUGACGAUGACUCCCCUUCGUCCCCCGAGGAAACCUCCUAUGAUGACUCUGAUAUCCUAAAUUCAACAGUCACAGAUGAAGUUACUGCCCACCUGGCCGCAGCAGGGCCAGUGGGAAUGGCGGCUGCGGCUGCCGUAGCAACAGGCAAGAAGCGGAAACGACCCCACGCCUUCGAGUCUAACCCCUCAAUACGCAAAAGGCAGCAGACUCGCCUGCUAAGAAAACUACGAGCCACGUUAGACGAGUACACAACCAGAGUGGGGCAACAGGCGAUCGUUCUGUGCACCUCUCCCUCCAAACCCAAUCCCGUUUUCAAAGUGUUUGGCGCUGCUCCUCUUGAGAACGUGGUCCGCAAAUAUAAAAGCAUGAUCCUGGAAGACCUGGAGUCGGCGCUGGCAGAACAUGCACCUGCGCCACUGGAGCUUAAUUCCGAGCUUCCACCUCUCACCAUUGAUGGAAUCCCAGUCUCUGUGGAUAAGAUGACUCAGGCUCAGCUCCGAGCUUUCAUUCCUGAGAUGCUGAAAUACUCCACGGGCCGAGGGAAGCCUGGCUGGGGGAAGGAGAGCUGCCGGCCUAUCUGGUGGCCUGAAGACAUCCCAUGGGCCAACGUUCGCAGUGACGUACGCUCGGAGGAACAAAAACAACGGGUUUCAUGGACACAGGCCCUGAGGACGAUUGUCAAGAACUGUUACAAGCAGCACGGCAGAGAGGACUUGCUGUAUGCGUUUGAGGAUCAGCAAACUCAGACACAAACGCACAUUGCUCACCUCGUCCCCUCUCAGACAGUGGUACAGACUAUCAGCAACCCCGAUGGCACGGUUUCCCUCAUUCAGGUUGGCACAGGUGCAACAGUAGCGACUCUGGCUGAUGCGUCUGAACUCCCUGGAACGGUGACUGUUGCUCAGGUGAACUACUCCACUGUCCAGGAUGGAGAGGUCGAACAGAACUGGGCCACGUUGCAGAGUGGGGAGAUGUCGAUCCAGACGACACAGGCCUCGGAAGCUACGCAGGCAGUGGCCUCUCUGGCAGAGGCUGCAGUCGCCGCAUCCCAGGAGAUGCAGCAGGGAGCGACUGUAACCAUGGCGCUGAACAGUGAGGCUGCCGCCCACGCUGUAGCCACUCUUGCAGAAGCCACCCUGCAGGGCGGAGGGCAGAUUGUUCUGUCGGGAGAGACAGCGGCUGCUGUAGGAGCACUAACUGGUGUCCAGGACGCUAAUGAGACCUCUUACCUGCCUGCUACAGUUCCGUGCACAGAGAAUUCCAGAAGGCCAUUGUGCGUAAUGAACUGGAGCCAAGGUUUGGUUCAGAUCCCAGUGAGUAUGUACCAGACAGUUGUGACAAGCCUGGCCCAGGGUAACAGGCCCGUGCAGGUUGCAAUGGCUCCCGUCACCACUCGGAUGACAGAUAUCCAAACGACUGGGGUGACUGUGGAAGGGCAGGCAGUGGACGUGGUGACGUUGGAAUAGCGGUGACCUCACUGGAACACAAUGCAACCUUCCUGUCCUGCAGAAAGAAGUCCGACGGUGCAGUAGCGCAAUCAGGUGUCAUUGAACAUUAGCGGAUAUCUGUGUAGGCUGCAAGGGUGGGGGAGAAGGGCAGAUUUUGUUUUUGUUUUGGAGGAAAAUGAUAGAAGGACUUCUCCAUCUCUUGUAUUGGAGAGAUUUCAGACUCUUGUAUUUACUGUUUUAUAUUGGGGGGAGGGGGAAGGGGGGAAUGCGGGAGAAUCCAAACCUAUUUGUACACGUUUCUCUGUAUUUAUACACAAAAAGUGUUUGUGUCUGUAACUGGAGAUGAGUCUGGCUUAAGUGGUCUUGACAAGGAUUUUCUUAUCUGGUUGCGAGGAUCGUACACUGGGUUUCUCCGCAUUAUACCAUCUAAUAAAAGUUGAUGCAGGACGUCUAGUCAAAUCAGAAGCUAAUGUCCAGCUGCUGUGGCAAUUUUGACUUUAUUCCUCUUUUGAGUUAAGUAGAAUUUUACAGGAGUAAAUAGUUCGUCACACAUAUUGAGACUGUACAAACACCCAUUGGAACAAGUGUACCCUUGCAUUUCGUAUUGAAAAACUGGAUUAGUCGAACCCGCAGACAUAUCCGCAUGUUGUAGUGGCUGCCAUUUUGUUAAUGCAUCAUUGGAUGCAAUCAUCCAUUCUUCUA